GCAUGCAGUUACAGAAGUUCGCUGGUACGGACGUGCCGGAACUGUAGCCAUGGCCGGAGUUCUCUCCUACGAGAGUUUGGUACAUGCCAUGGCUGGAGCUCUGGCGCCCACUCACUGCCUGCCACCCAUGGGUGCCCACUUGCGGCUCAAGGACGAGGCAGGACUUCUGGGUUUGCUUGUUCGGAAGCGUGACUGCAAUGACUGUUUUUUUCCCUUUGGAUACAGCUAGAUUAAGACUUCAAGUUGAUGAAAAAUGCAAAUCGAAAAGAACACACACAGUUCUGUUGGAGAUAAUAAAAGAAGAAGGCCUCCUUGCACCUUAUCGAGGAUGGUUCCCUGUCAUCUCUAGCCUUUGCUGUUCCAACUUUGUCUAUUUCUAUACAUUUAACAGUUUGAAAGCUAUGUGGGUCAAAGAUCAACAUUCAGCUACAGGAAAAGACUUGAUUCUUGGCAUGGUUGCAGGAAUAGUGAAUGUAUUGUUGACAACUCCACUCUGGGUAGUUAACACCCGUCUGAAACUCCAGGGGGCAAAAUUUAAAAAUGAAGAUAUUGUACCAACCAGCUACAAAGGCAUUGUAGAUGCCUUUAACCAGAUAGUAAGAGAUGAAGGAAUUCUGUCUUUGUGGAAUGGUACUGUUCCCUCACUGCUGUUAGUGUUCAAUCCUGCAAUUCAGUUCAUGUUCUAUGAAGGGCUUAAGCGGAAGAUUUUGAAGAAGCAAAUUCAGCUUUCAUCAUUGGAUGCAUUUGUCAUUGGAGCAAUAGCCAAAACAAUUGCCACUACCCUCACGUACCCUUUACAGACAGUACAAUCAAUUUUGCGGUUUGGACAUCACCGACUGAAUCCUGAAAACAAGAGACUAGGUAGUCUUAGAAAUGUUCUCUAUCUUCUUCAACAAAGAAUAAGGCACUUCGGAUUAGCAGGACUCUAUAAAGGGCUUGAAGCAAAGCUGCUCCAGACAGUCCUCACUGCUGCACUGAUGUUCCUAGUCUAUGAAAAGCUUACUGCUGCUACUUUCACAGUCAUGGGAUUGAAGCAUUCACUGAAGAAGUAAAGCAGGGAUUUCUAUAGCACAUUAAGCUUAGAAAAAGAAAAUAUUUCCCAGCGAAAAGAAAGGAACAAUUUGGAGAAUGACUGCAUUCCAUAGAAAGUUUUAUUUCAAAGGCUACAGUACAAUUUCACUAUGUUCUGAGUGACUGUGUAUGAAAGGAAGCUUGAACUGUAUCCUGGAAGUGUUUGCUACCUGUAACUGUAGUCAUUUAAUCAUCUUCUUGGAGAUAGGGAUUUGAGAAGUAAAAUGCAAACAUCCAUUCUAUUCCUUAGACAGGUUCAGUUUCUCAAUCUGUGGGAAUAAGGUUAUUUAUCAUUAUGUGUAAUUUUUCUUGCAUUUUAAAAUAGCUUCCAUAUUCAUUUAUCCAUUUGCUGUCCAAUUGUCUUUUAGGGAUUCGAUGUAUAAUCUUCAUGACUGGCCCAUUAAAAGUCUUCCUGAAAAUAUUCUUUUAGGAUACGCUUAAUUUUAUUUGAUUAGCUAAAGAAAACUGAGUUGUCCUAAAGAGCUGCCUUGUGGUCUAUUUAAUAUUGCUGCUGCCUGUUUUUGUUUUUAAUUCUCCUAGGAUGGUUGUGGCUAUGAGGACUGUUAUAAAUCAGAAUGUACUGUUCCAUGACAGGAAAUGGAUGGAGAAGAUAGGAAAGGGUUAACUCCCACUUCUGUGGAGGAAAGAGUCAAUCAGAUCAAAAGUGUAUCCAGCCAGAAGGGAAGAACCCCUCUCAUUCUUGCACAUUUUCCUUCCAACCAUACAACCUUUUUCCUCUGUGUUUUCUCCUCGUCAGCCCCAGCCUUGUUUUUCCUUCUCUUUUCUAGUUCUUUCCAAGAUUCUAGCCUUGCUGUCCCCUCCCUUAAGCUCAAUAUUUUGCUUCCUUCCCAACCCCUGCCCUUGUUCAUUCUGUCCCCUCUGCUAAAUUUUGCUAUUUCUUUUCCUUCCUUUUCCUUCCUUUUCCUUGCUAUUUUUGUCUCUCCAGUCCAUAGCCUUGCUCUUUUUCUCCCCCUCCCCUUCCUCUCUACCUUCUGGGGGCAGGAAGGCUGCAGCACCAGGUAGGGCACGGAGUGACUGAACCAGAGAGAAUGUUUAUUUAUUUAAAAUAUUUUUACCCCAUCCUACACGGAAAUCAUCCUAGGACGACUUACAAUACUUACGUUGGGAAUAGAAGUAGGGAAACCAGUAUGCUUUCUUGGAAAUUGGUAUUUUGUUGUAUUUUUGUAAAGUCAAGUACAUGGUUUGGCUUAGUGGUUCAGACCCAAUCUCUGCUUGCACUCAGUUUUUGAAUAAGCUGCUUGCUCCUUGCACUAGCCAGGCCCUUAUGAUUGCUGUUUUAUUAUUAGCUGCAUCCUCCUUUUUGUGCUGCUGCUGCUACACAUGGCAGUUUCUCAAAUAAUUGAAUGUUCCUACAGGCCUAAAAAUGAUGGGGACUCCAGUUUGGAUGUAAUGCUAAUGUGUAGUUAUUAAAGAAGUGGAAACAAAAACAAUGCAUCUCUUUUUGUUGUCAUA